AAUUUCUCAUGUAAAGUCUUGAAUAUUCUAAAAUUUUAUUAUUUUUUGCUUCAAACUCAAAUAUAGAUGUUGUAUUUGUUUAGUAAAAAAUAAAAUACAAAAGUCUUAUAAAAAAACAAUUCAAUAAUGGAAGUAAUAAAUGAAAAUUUUUAUCAGGUUUUGCCAGAAAUUGAACAGGCAAUUGAUGAUGCUAUUUUUAUUGCUAUUGAUGGUGAAUUCACUGGUCUUCAUAAUGGUACAAUGGUUAGUGUAUUUGAUACUUCGGCUCAGUAUUACCAAAAACUCAGAAGUAAUUGUAUGGACUUUUUAAUGGUUCAAUUUGGUUUGUGUGCUGUAAAAUAUAAUGCAAAUAUUAAAAAGUUUACUUAUAAAGCAUAUAAUUUUUAUACAUUUCCAAAACCAAUGAGUCGAUAUGCUCCAGAUUGUAGAUUUCUUUGCCAGUCAUCAAGCAUGGAGUUUCUUAGCAAUCAUAACUUUGAUUUCAACAAGCUUUUUAAAAAUGGUAUUCCAUUUCUUACAAUACCAGAUGAACAAGUGUUACGAGAUGAGUUACUUAAUAGAUACAAACAAAAUUGUUCACAAAGCCAAACACCAUCUAAGUCAGUUGAUGUUAUUCCAAUUCCUGAUAAUCAUAAAGCUGAUAUUGAAACUGCUUGUGAAAGAGUUAAAGAACUUUUAGAAGGGAAUACAUCUUCUGAAGUCAUUGUAGCUGAAAAAACUAAUUCAUUCAUUCGUAAACUUAUUUAUCAAGAAGUUUAUCAACGAUUUUCAGACACUAAAGUAAGCUUACAAUCAAAAAUAAUGGAGGAUUCUGGUAAUGUAAUGAUAGCUUACAAAGGAAGAUCUAAAGAAUUAAUGGCUAAAGAAAGAAUGGAGCGCGAGUUGGCAGAAUUAGAAAAAGCUGUUGGUUUUUCAGCUGUUUUAAAGAAAAUUAAAAAUUCUAAUAAACCAAUAAUUGGGCAUAAUAUGACAUUAGAUGUUUGUCAUAUGAUUCAUCAAUUUUGUUUACCAUUACCUAGUGAUUAUAUGGAAUUUCAAGAAGUUGUAAAAAUAAUCUCUCCUUGUUUUUAUGAUACUAAGUAUAUUAGUGGAACUGAUCCUCUACGAGAAUAUUUUAAUUCGACUGUAUUGAACGAUUUGCACAAGAUAUUAUUUGAACAAAAUCAUAAUUACACAAAUUUAGAACCUGAAUCACCAUUAACAAGCUAUGCCAAAGAUGAAUGUAAAGCUCAUGAAGCUGCUUAUGAUGCAUACUUGACUAGUUCUGUAUUUAUCAAUCUUUGUAAUUUAUUAGGUAUGAUAAAAAAAACAGAUAAACCAGUACUCCCAAGUUCACCUUGUCUUAAGUCGUAUAUGAAUAAAUUAUUUAUGAUAAGGUAUAAUGAAGAUCCUUGCUUGAACCUUGGUGGUCCAGAAUCUCAAAUACAAAGAAAUCAUGUUUAUCAUAUAACAUUUCCACCAGAAUGGAAAACUAUUGAUAUAACUAAUGUAUUUAGUCCCUUCACCAAUGUAUUUAUUAAGUACAUAAAUGAUACAUCUGCUUGGGUAGCCUUACGUGAUGCAACUCAUGCAAAAGCUUUCAAUAAAAUCUUACCAAAGUUACAAGCCCUUCAUAAGAACAUAGCUCUUGUAACAUGGGCAUCUUAUAACAAAAUUAAUAAUAUAACUUUAACAACAAAAAGAAAAAUUGACCAGUGCUCACCAUCACAGGCACAAGAUAAUGUUGAUUCAUCUCAAAAUGAUACAUCUAUGAUAGGCCAGUCACCUGAGAAGAUACUGCGUACUUCUAAAGGACCUAGAGUUUCAAAGGGAGGUAAUAUUAGUCCAAUAUUGGAAGAUGACGAAUCUGUUGAAAUUGAAGAAUCUGAAGUAUCUACAGACUCUAACAUUAAUGCAACAAAUAAUACAAACUCAAUGCCAAGUUACGCACAAACACUGAAAAUGAAUAAAUCCUCUGAAACAGCUGAAAUUAAAACUAUUUUCCCAGUUGCUCCAUGGAGCGAUUAGUAAAAUGGCUAACAUUUAUUUGUAAAUAAAUUAAUUAUAAUUUAUAGUAAUAAAAGUGUCCAAUUAAUGUUACAGAUGAGA